AAGGAGUUCAAGUUUCUUGCCAGACUAACUUAUUUUUAAAAAUUAAGCAGGCUUCCUGUUUAAGAGAUGACUUUAAAUUUCAGAUUUUAUCAUGUGGGCAACCUGCUGCAACUGGUUCUGCUUGGAUGGACAGCCUGAAGAUGUUCCACCACCCCAGGGAGCCAGGACACAGGCCUAUUCCAACCCUGGGUAUAGUUCCUUCCCUUCCCCAACAGGCUCAGAACCAAGCUGCAAGGCCUGUGGAGCCCACUUUGCAAACAUGGCCAGGAAGCAGACCUGCCUGGACUGUAAGAAGCAUUUCUGCAUGACAUGUUCAAGCCAAGUGGGGAAUGGGCCCCGCCUCUGCCUUCUCUGCCAACGGUUCCGAGCCACAGCCUUUCAGCGGGAGGAGCUCAUGAAGAUGAAGGUGAAGGACCUGAGGGACUAUCUCAGCCUCCAUGACAUCUCCACCGAAAUGUGCCGGGAGAAAGAGGAGCUGGUGCUCUUGGUGCUUGGCCAACAGCCUGUAAUCUCCCAGGAGGGCAGGACUCGUGCCCCCACCUUGUCCACGGACUUCCCUGAGCAUCAGGCCUUCCUCACACAGCCUCAUGCCAGCACAGUUCCGCCUACCUCACCCAAUCUCCCCUCUUCAUCUCCACAAGCCACCUCUGUCGCCUCAGCCCGGGCUCAGGAAAGUCAGCAGGCCAAUGGCCAUGUGUCUCAGGACCAAGAGGAUCCUAUCUACCUGGAGAGCACAGCCAGAGCACCUGCUGAGGAUGAGACCCAGUCCAUUGACUCAGAAGACAGCUUCGUCCCGGGCCGGAGGGCCUCUCUAUCUGAUCUGACUGACCUGGAGGACAUUGAAGGCCUGACAGUGCGGCAGCUGAAGGAGAUCCUGGCUCGCAAUUUUGUCAACUAUAAGGGCUGCUGUGAGAAGUGGGAGCUGAUGGAGAGGGUCACGCGGUUGUACAAAGAUCAGAAAGGACUCCAGCAUUUGGUGUGUGGUGCUGAAGACCAAAACGGAGGAGCACUGCCAUCUGGCCUGGAGGAGAACCUGUGUAAAAUCUGCAUGGACUCACCUAUUGACUGUGUUCUGCUGGAGUGUGGCCACAUGGUUACAUGUACCAAGUGUGGCAAGCGCAUGAAUGAGUGUCCUAUCUGCCGGCAGUAUGUGAUCCGAGCUGUGCACGUCUUCCGGUCCUGAGGGCUUGUAUCAGCUUCUUCAGUGCCUUACAGGAACAUAGCCGGAGUGUCUGGGCUCAGGGUUGGCCAGCUUGCAGAAGUGCAAGCUAACAGAAGAAGUGUUGCAGUGUUCCCAAGACCAGGGCAAGCAAGAUGCCAUGUUACCCCUGGGCAUGCCUGUCUUGCCACAGGGGUGCACCUCUUGGCUGGCAAAGCCCCUGAGGCCAGUAGGAACUGGUGCAAAGCACAUGGGUGAGUCCUUUUUCAGUGAUCUUGGAGUGAUGAUGGUAACUGGUGAACAGAGGACUUUCUAGAACUUGGAUCAUGUCUUUCUCCGAGAACCUAGACAGUUUCACUCUUCCUCCUGUACCUUACCCCUCCCCUGGAGAUGACUGCCUGUGUGUUUCCUGCUGGAAAUGGUUCUCUCCUUCCCCAGCACAUUUGAAUUUAAAUUUCUGGUGCCCCUGGCUUUCUGUACUUUAACCUACCUUUGCUAAAUCUCUUGCUCCAUCGCCUAAAAUCCAUUUGCUUCUUUGGACCAAAAAUAUGUUAGUUUACUAAACCAAUAGUGAUCCUUAGGACAGAAUUUGGACCAGUAAACUUAUCUCUGGUGAGAAAUGAAACACAAAUGCUAUCAAAAAAUUUCAAAGUUGUUUAGAGUGACUUCCUUAAGUACUGGAAUUGGAAGCUAUGUCUUCUGAUCUGACCCCCUGGAAACCAACAAAACAUCCUGGCUCCCAAACUGCUGGGAAAGUAUGAUCAUUGGAAGGGAUGGUGCAUGGAUAAUCACUCCUGCUUCUCCUCUCUUGGGACCUGACUUUGUACCAUUCUUUAUUUUAGUUUAUGAGGAAAGGGUAAGUGUUGGUUGGAGGCAGUGGCUUUCCACUUAACUUUGGCUUGACGUCUGAUCUUUUUUUCAAUAGUCAGGAUUCUUAAACCACUUUCCCCUGAAAAUGAAAUCCUUCUCAUACUCAUGGUGGUUUUAAACUUGGUCUCACCAAAGGCAUACAGACUCAGACAAAAAGGCUUGCUUUUCUCUAGCCGUACUUCUCAUGAAUUUGCUGGAGACCAAACAUGUGAGACAGAACACCUAAGAGAUUUCAGAAGGUGCCAAAUGAGACUGGAUUUCACCAUGACCAGACAGUUGAAGUCUUCGUUCCCCAAGUUGGUAGGAUGUCCCUACUUUCAUUUCCUUUCUUAGCCUACUGGUUUUUAGGGGCAGGUCAGGGAGGAAGCAUUCUCUAGGACCAUGUAAUGGGUAGGUAAUGUUUUUUGAACCCUCUUAGUCUUUACCUACCUGGAAGAGCCAAGGGGGCUUAAGAACAUUUCCUGAAGAAGCUUGGCCAAGCACAAAACACACAUGCUAUCAGAAGAGUUAUGUGUUCUCCCAUUACCAGUGCAUGAACUAUGCAGACCCCUCUGCUGCCCCCAAUGUGCAGCUGAGGUCUCUAAAAGUAGAAAAAUCAAUCAUGAUUCUGGAUCACAGUGGAAAACCUCUAAAGGGACCAUUAUAUUGGUACAGACAUAUUUAUACUUCCCCUCCAUCAUCAACUGCUAAACUCCUUCCAGGGGUAUGACAUAAUUUCAUAAAGUAGUUGUCAGCUGAACACUGGGUCACUUACUUCAGCAUUAUAUCAAGUCCUGGAUGAUGUGAUUCUGGGCCACAGCCUUUGUUAAGAGUUGGGGGAAUCAGAGAUUUUUCCCAUGAAGACAUCACCUUUUACCUUUCUGGCAGACAGUAAGUACUGUAGUUUACAGUGCCUACCAGUCUAGUCUAGCAAAGGACCAUUCAUUCAGCUACUUCUUGAUUCCACUGUGAAACAGGUCUGUGUAUAUACAACUCAGUUAAGAUCUAGCAAUAACUUCUGGGCAGAAGUUGGCUCUCUUCCUACUUACAACUUGCUUUCUCUGCUGAGGCCUUACCUCCCCUCCCACCUAUCAAUUUCCCUCCUAUACACAAAUUGAAAGUAAUAUACUGAUGGCUGGCUAGUAACCUCAGUUAAGAAUGAAAACUGAUGUCAUUUGUCAUUUGCUCAUUUUGGAGAAAUAACUUGCCUUUACAUUUUUCUCUUUUGGUGAAGGUUUCCAUUUAGGAAAAAAGGUGUCAAACCACCCUGAUUUUUUUGUAUCAUUUUUAUUAUUACACCAAGUUGGGAGUUCCAAUAAAACAUCUCAUUCCAGUUAACAUCUGACCCAGGUAUAAAACUUGAUUUUUGUAAUCCUUCAAUCCUCCCUCUUGCCCCUCAUGGAUCCUUGGUUUUAAUUAUCAUGGAAAUAGCUGAUUCUUCCAAUUAUUCCGUAGCUUUUGCUGUGAUUGCUCUGAAAUUUCAGUUGAGACUUGUUUUAAAAUGAACUGGACAGCUGACGGUUCGUAAUAUAUUGGAAUAGUUGGAUCCAAACUAAAAAUAAUAAGCUGUACAGGAAUCAGUCUCAAUAUUAUAUUGUAUAAAUUUGUGGAUAUCUCUUGGAUGUGAAUGUGUUACUUCAAGUGGCUUAUAUUAUGAUUUUCUCAGACUUCCUUGAGGGGGUUAAAGCAAACCCAAAUAUGUAUUUUUUUGUUACAGAGCUCUGCUUUAUAAUUUUGUAAUAAAGUUUCAAUACAGA